AUGACGUCUGGCCCCUCUAUUUCUAGCAGUGCUCUGCCGUCAGUGCUUGGCUUGCUGUUCCUGAGCCUCCUCUUGGGCGCAUGCAUUCCAUCCAGUAGCGCGUUUUAUCUUCCUGGAUUGCACCCCACUGUGUUCCAACCUGAGGACAUCAUCCCCAUGAAGACCAGUCGUGUUGCAUCUACAAAGAGUCACAUGGAUUACGGUCUACCGGCACUUCACGUCACGCAGGUACCAAGUUCGUCGGCCUCCCCAGGCAAUCCCGAAUUGGCACAAGUGCUGAAAGGAGACGGGUACCCGAUCGGUUUCCAUGACGUGGACGAUUUCUAUGUCAACAAUCACAUCACGUUCUACAUCGACUACCACCCGAUAGAACCAAAGACAGACGAAGAGCCAGUAAAAGCACGACUGGUCAGCAUUUACAUCACUCCAGCGAGUGUUCAGACAGCCGCUGGUGACAUCCAGUCCUGUGAAGCUCCUCUGCCAGCUCAGAAGGCCGCUGGAAAUGUGCUCUUCACAUAUAGCGUCUAUUUCAGACCUUCGGCGAUGGAUUGGGCUUCAAGGUGGGACGCUCUUCUGGACAUGCCAGAGGACGAAGCUGGCGACAGCCUCUUUUCUGUAGCCAAGGCCUCCGUCCUGUGCUUCUGCGUGACCGGGCUACUAGCUCUGGUCUUGCUCCGGACGCUUCGACGUGACCUGGCGGCUUUCAAGGAACAUUACGCCUCUAUAGACAAGGAGAAGGGCUACGUCGACUCAUUGGCUGAGCAAGCAAACUGGAGCUCUCUUGCUUACGAUGUUUUCCGACCUCCCAAAGCUGCGAAGAUGCUUGCCGUAGUGGUCGGCACAGGCGCUCAGCUCUUCUUCGUGGUCCUUACCCUGGUCUCGGCCGUCAUCUUCGGCUUCUUCUCUCCAGUCAGGCGCGGCAUGCUCAUGAAUGGCGCGUUCGUCGUCGUCGCUCUCUUUGGCGCGCUCGCGGGUCACUGCGCCGCGCGCACCUACAGGCUGUUCCACCGGCCCGGCGACUGGGAGACGGUCAUCUUUAGAACUGCCACUGUGUUUCCGGGGCUCUUUUUUGCGUCUCUCUUCGCGCUCAAUCACGUCCUGGCGAGCCACGAGGCUUCCGGCGCCGUUCCGUCCUCCACGCUCAAUGUCCUCUGCGCGCUGUGGUUCGCCCUUUCCGUUCCGCUCGUCUACCUGGGGGCGCAGUUUGGGUUCGGCUCCAGGAUGGUCGAGUUCCCGGUCAAGGUCGCCGCAACGCCCCGGGAGCUCCCUCUCGCUUUCAGAGCCUGGUACCAGUACCCGGUGAUUCAGAUGAUGGUUGGCGGGGCGAUCGUGUUCGGAGUGGUUGCGACGCAGGCGUCCGCCCUGUUCACAAAGCUCUGGCUGCAGCAGUACGUCUACAUGUAUGGCUUCCUUCUUGCAACUUUUGGACUCAUGGCGAUCGUCAGUGCGGAGAUGUCCAUCAUUGCAGUGUAUUUCCUCCUCGGAGCACAGGACUACCGCUGGUGGUGGACUUCGUUCCUGGUCCCUGCCUUCUCCGGCGUCUACAUCUUCAUUGCGAUCUGCGCGUGGCUCCUCCCCGCCGCUGCGGCGAGCUCGCCCCUCUCGGUUACUCUGCUCCUGUCAUAUGCGGGGAUGUUCUCGUUGGUGUGUGGCCUCGCGGCUGGUGCGAUCGGAUUCUACGCAUCCUUUUCCUUCGUUUGGGCCAUCUACUCUAGCGUAAAAUCAGAGUAG